AUGGCGUCUCGGGUCAUUUACAAGACUGUGGGCCACAGAGAAGAGAGGUACGGGGCCGAGACACAAAAGGCCGAGCAUGUGUGGCGCGCGGCCGGCGUUAAGAACAAGUGGGAGAGCCCCAUGGUAGACGGACAGCAGCCAGUGGUGAGAGAGAUGCCCUUGGGCGGGACCCUGUUCGCCGCCUCGCAGGUCCAGCCAAACAACAUGGCAUUUGCUCGGCUUGGCGAGACUUGA